AUGCAAUACUCAACUGUCGCCGUCUUAGCUGCUAUUGCAGGUUCAGCUCUUGGCUCUUACAACACCACUUCAACUGCUACUGAUAUCCAUACUACUGUUAUCACCAUUACUUCUUGUGAAGAGAACCUGUGUACUCCAAUUCCAAUCACUACUGGUUUGACCACUGUUACCUCAGACCAAACUUUCUAUACCACUUACUGUCCAUUGCCAACCACCUCCUCCUCAUGUACCGAAGAGUCAACUGUUUCCAAAUUGUCAAGCACCACCAUCACCAUCACUUCAUGUGAGGAAGACAAGUGUACUCCAGUUCCAAUUACUACUGGUUUGACCACCGUCACUGAAGGUAAAACCACCUACACCACCUACUGCCCAUUGCCAAGCACCACCACCACCAACAAAGUCCACCCAACUUCAUCACCAUCCAGUGUUGACGAUACUUCAAAGACCUCAGUUGCGCCAUACUCUUCUUCAAGCACUGGCUCAGCAGAACCUUCUUCCGCCACUAUCCCAGUUGUUGAUGGUGCAGCAGCCAAUGCUAUUCCAAUUAUUGGUGGUUUGCUUGCAUUGGGUGCUUUCAUCUAA